AUGAUCACAUCUACCACUGAAGAAACAUCAUCGCUCAACGAAGGUGGAUCAUCAUCAUUGGAAAUUAAUUUAGAUGCCUACGAGGAGUAUCGGAUUCAAUCUUACGAUAUCAAUGGAAAUGAAACUCGUGUUCCAAACUUGGGAGCAGAGGAAAACUUUGCUCAGAUCAUUCAUAGUAAAUUUGAUUUUCUGCCUACCUUGAAACAACGACAAUUGGAGUCUAUUCAUGUGGAUGAUACUCAAACAUUACCUCCUCCUCAGAUUAGAGUUAUUCAAGACAUGGAAUGGGAAAAAACAGUAUAUAAACUCAGAGGAGCAAUACAUGAAAUACAAUAUAUUACAGAUAUUUCUAGGAUGAUGAAAGAGGCUUCCGAAGAGCAAGAUAAAAAUGAAUCUAGAGCCCAAUUAAUUGAAACAGUGCAUGCUCAUAGAUCUUUUAACGAGGAUUUAAAAACAAGCGAAAAGGCUGGAGAGUUAUUUCCAAGUAGAAUAGAACAGCUCGUAAAUACUCAUAGUAUUUUGAAAACAGGAAAAGAUCAACUAAGCAAGAGAGUGACACAAACAGCAUCUUUUUAUCAACAGCUUUUCCAAUUACAAAAAAAAUGGAAAUUGAAGAGUUUUGAUGCUCAAAACGCUAAUAACAUUAUUUUAGAUCUUGCCUUUAAUUUUCCAGCCGUAAAACUAUAUGAAUAUAUUCCUGUAAAGAUUAUUAGAAAGAAGAAUACUAAUCAGAUUGACGCCAUCAUACCUGCAAUUGCUACCUAUGGGAGACGAGUUUUGUUGUCGUCUGUUAUUCUAAAGCAUUACCCUGAAACCCUAAAGACUAUUGACCAUGUCCUUGAUAGAGCACAACAAUCUAUAUUCUAUUUAGAGCUCUUUGAUAUGCUUGUAAAUUGUGUAGCAUCAAAAAGCAAGAAUGUUGAGUUUCCUGUCAUGGAGCUUACAGAUCAAGAGAUUAAGAUACAAAUAUCAGGAAAUGCGGUAUUGGUUGUUACUCUAGUAGAAUCUCAAACAUCGCCUUUCUGGGAAAUUCAAACAAGGAUGGCAAAUAUUGCACCAACAGCUUCACACUAUGUGUCACAUGAAGUUGUUGACACACUUCUUCAAGAUGCUCUCAUUCAAAUUCAUAACCUUGUCCGAAACAAUUCUCUGACAUUAGAAAAAGCGACAACCAUUUUCGAACAUGUAUUUAAAUAUCUGAGGCACAAAUUACUCUGUGCUCGAAUCGAAGCAUGUCUUAGAGAUGAAAUUGAUUCUUUCUCGAUUUCUCCUGAGUUGAAUCUAGUUCUCUUCAAGUAUCCCGAAACAUCGAUCUACGAUAUUCGUAUGCAAAACAACAUCUUCAAAAUUCACCUCAAGCAAAAUCAUAUUUAUUUGCAAUCCAAACGUUUCAAUUCAGUAAAAGAAUUGAUAUGCUAUUUGGAUUUGAUUCAGUAG